CCGCCACAUCACACUCUUCGACUGCUUUUCGCGCGGCGGGGCGCUGUACAUUGCGGUCCAGCCGCGCUCAAGCAGCUUGAGAUUUGUCUUCCCGUUUUCUGGCGCGAUUUGCAUGAAUGAUACUGUGACACGCGUCUUCAGUUCAACCUGCAUUUGAUCGUGCGCUGGACAUCAGGAAAGCAAUGGAGACCGAAUCCUUCGUUCUGAAGCCGAACAGGGAUCUGUUAGACCCGAAUUUUGAAGGCUAUAAAUUAAAUUUAGACAAGAUUGCUAUUCAUUCCAAGCAUGUUGAAGAAGGGGUUCUACAAGCUCCGGAAUCCUCCAGCAAUUAUUCCUACCAGCAAGUGCGGCUAUAUGCUCUCCACAACCAUUUGUGGCCAGACCCAUGGGCCCCUGACCAGAGCUUCUACUUCUCUGCAACUGGAAGUGUUUGUCAGGUUGGGAUAGGGCCAGCGCUGCCGGCGGCGGUGCGCUCCGUGCCGGUGCUGCAGCUGCCCGCCAGCGAGUCGCCGCGCCCGGAGCCGACGCACCCAUCGCUGAGCUUCGCCUCCGACCGGCUGGCGCUCGUGUCGGACGGCCGGGGCCGGCUCCACCUGGUGGACACCGGUGACCGCGCCCUGUCCCAGCCCUGGCAGAUCCAGUUCAGCGACUCGCUGCUGGAGGGCCGUGGCUUCGUGCUGCAGCACUCGGUGCUGGACGCGGCCGGCCGACUCCACGUGCUGGCCGGUCACGUGGCCGAGGGUAGCGCCGUGCCCGAGUGGCGGGAGCAACACAGCGACGACGGCGCGUUCGUCAACCUGCUCACCUGGUUCACGUUCGUUAAGGGUGGCGCCGCCUGGCGGCUGGAGCGGCUGCGUCAGGCGGCCACUGCCAGCACCGUCCACUACGCGGCGCUGGACGCGGCGGGCCAGGCGCUGUGUGUGGCCGUAAAGGCCUCCCUUGCGCCGCCGUCAGCACCGCUCUACGUGUGGAGCCAGACGGCUGAUGACGUCACGGUGCAGCUGUCGGCCGGCGCUGGCGGCGGCGGCGGCGGCGACGGUGAGACGGUGCGGGUGGUGCUGGAGCCGCACGUGCUGACGGUGACGACCGGAGGCACCACGCUGCUGCGGGGCACCCUGGCCGCCGCCAUCCGGCUGGACGAGAGCACCUGGACCAACGACGACGGCAGACUGGAGGUGGUGCUGGCCAAGGUGGAGCGGGGUCAGGUGUGGCCGGAGCUGCUGCCGGGCGACGGCCGCGGCGAGCAGAUAGUUGACCCCGAGCUGGCAGGCGAAAUGGCGCAGCGGCUGGCCCAUCUCACCUCCGACGCCGAGAACCCCAAGCCGGACGCGGCCGACGCCUACAACGUGGCGGAACUGGAGGACUGCGACGACUUCCCGGAGGCGAGCGCCGCCCUGCUGCGGCUGGAUGGCGACACUCACGCCCCCACUCAUCAGACCAGCCUGGACAGUCACCAGUACGUGCUGACAGCCCGGCUGGCGGCCGCCGAGCCCCCGGCGCUCUGCGUGCGACACGACGUGGACGCCCUGCUCUGGCAGCCUCGCGCCCGGGACGGACGAUGGUAUUGUGACCACGUCGGCACGCUGAACGCCUUCGGAUACGUGCAGGCCUCCAAACAGCAGCGCAAGUUCCUCACGUGCGCCCCAGACAUGUCAUACGCGGUGAUCUGCGAGACGUCCCGUCACGUGUACAUCUACCACCAACCGUCGCCCGUCUGCGGAGAACUGCGCAAUCGCCGGUCAGGGCAGCGAAUUACCGAGGUGUCGCGCCAGCAGGUGGUCAGUCUGGAGGACUCGGACCCCAUCCUGGGCGUGGCCGCCGCCGCCCGCUUCCUGCUGGUGCUGACCGCCAGCCGCCUGCACGCGCUGGUGCUGAGCUGAGCUGAGCUGACCGUGAGCGGGCCGCUGCUGCUGCUGAGGCUGACCCGAGCACCGGCGCUGAACGGGGUGUGCUACGACCAGGGCGCCGGUGCCGAGCCGGCGCUGGGCUAACGCUGAUGAUGCUGAGCCGAGUGUCGGUGCCGGGCUCGGCUCCGCUGGGGCGCGGCCGGGGAUGUGUCCGGCGCGUGCAGCGGCCGGCCGCCGACGCCCGCCCUCUGAUGGGACGGGCUGGCUGUGUUUUGCGGGGACCGGCAGGCGGAUGUGGGCUGCUUUGUGUGUCAGAAAUGCACCGCAGUCUGGAUCGUGGUCGUGUUAUGUGGGAGGCGCCACCGGAGCGCGGUUGGGACACUGCAGAUGGGCGCCAGGCCAAUGGCGGUGAGAAGCAGCGCCGUUUCAGACAGAAUGACGCCUCCACGGCGGAGCGAUGUACAAGCAGCUCGCGGCUAAGAAACACCGCGUGCUUCUACGUCUCUUGCAAUACACGGUCAGGCGCGCCAUCUCCGCAGGCGCCGCGAGAACCCGCACAACAGACAGACCACACAGACGCGUGGGGCCAAAGGUCAGCCGGGGACGUGACCCGCCUGUUACCGGCGACGGAACAUGCCACCGGCGAUGGGCCCUGUUACCGGCGACGGGGACUGUUACCGGUGACGGGAC